AUGUUACCGAGCGUGGAAAAGAGAGACAGCAAGUUGGUGAGACGGAGGCUAUUUGCGUCACUAGUGUCAUCGACAGAUUUGAUAGACAGCUUCGCCAUGACAUACGAUAAUAACGAUCAGCAUUGGCUACAAACGGUCCUUGGACCAACGUUCACGAUGUCAAGCGUAUCGUCGGCUUCAGUGGAUGGUACAAAAACUAUAGUAUCCAGCUUCAGAACCUGGAUGCAAGCACACGAAGAGGCUCAGGUAAUGCUAGCUAGUGUAUUAGUGGUCCUGGGAAUGUGGUGGCUGGUGCGAACCAUCAUGUCGCUUCUUAUCAACAUCAUCUGUCCAAUACUCGUCGUGUUUUUUGCUGUUAUGUGUAUACCACAGUUGCGUGCCCCACUGCUUGGUCAAAAUUAUCCACUAUUAGCCAACCUGAUGCGUGAUAUAUUUUUAAAGAUGGCGGAAAACAUGAAGACUUGA